GUCUUCAAGCACGCCAGUGCUUGAACUCCUCAAAUUAGUGUAAGACUAUCGUCUCCAUAUAAUAGAGAUGAAGGUCCGAAUUUUGCUAUUUCUCUUUCUUUUAACGUUUCUUUUAGCCAACGAUGUAAGUGCAGGAAAAUUUGGGAAACAUCGGGGAGGGGGGGGUUCAUCGGGAGGACGCACAAGAUCAAACCCAACUGGAACUACAUUGAGUCAAAUUUCGCAUAAAUUCAAACAAAAUAAAGAUGCAUCUUCAACGUUUUUACAAGCUGAAAGAGGAGACGCCACACGACCCUCUCAAACUAAUUCCGGGCAAUCUAGUCGACCAUCAGCACCACAUGGCAAUACAGGAACUUAUCCUGAGAGUCAUAGGACAUUAGGCUUUACAACAGAGAGUAAACAAAAUUCUGCACAUAAUCCAUCAGCACCAUAUAAUCCAUAUAGUUCAUCAGCAUCGACUAAUCAUUUGUCGAAAUCCACUUUGGUACCAUCGCAAAAUCAUGCUCCAACUUCUUUCGGCCAACCAAGCGCGCCUUAUAACCCAUUACAAGGAACUGCACUUAAUAAUCCUUCAUGGAGCAAUCCUCAUUUCCGAGUCGAUCCAAAUCAAUCUCACCUACCAGGCUCCACUUCCACUAAUAUCGGCUUCAAAGAUCAUCUGCGUCCAACUUCGAUGCCGGUUCCUUCUAUACCUUAUCCGCAUCCUCCUUAUCCUACUUCUGGUUUUAAUCCUCCUCCAUAUACUAGUCAUCCCUUAAGUCAUUCGAAUCAACCUCACGUACCUCAUAUACCUUCCACGCACAAUCCCAGUUACUCUUUUCCCAGUCAAUCGUUUGGAUAUUCUUCCAAUUAUCCAGCGCAUAUUCCGCCACCCGUACCAAAUACAUUUGGAAAUCCAUAUUCUACACACCCCGUUGGCGGAACGUAUGGCACAGCUGGACACACUUAUUAUCCUCAACAACAAGUUCUGGCGCAGCCGGCAGCGCAACCAUAUAUACCUGGACAAACGGUCAUAAUGAUUCCUGGUCAACAAGACAACGGCAGAGGCUUUGGUCAAAUGGUGAAAGAAGCACUUGUAUUCUCCACAAUCAAUGCCGGUGUGAAUAGGUUGAUAAAUCCGCAUCAACAUUAUGUGCAGGAUUACAGUAAUCCAAGUAGUGGUACCAGUCCGAGUAGUGGUACCAGUGAAACACAUAUAACUUAUAAUAAUCAUUAUUUUAAUACAGUUCCUCCAGGUAGUAUUUCUCCGGCUUCAUCAAAUAUACUUCAAGGAAAUGUUCCUGUUGCGUCUCCUAUCAACCCAAAUCCUGUAAACAAUCCAAUUAUUAUUCCGGGUGUAUCAAUUCCUACAAUUGUCAACAACGGUAGUACAAUAUAUCCGAUUGGCAAUUCUUCCAUAAACACAAUGGGUACAACUAACAAUAUGGAAAUUCCUUCAAUUUCUACUAGCAAUAUAGAGAAUAAUCAAGGAAUGCCCAAUCAAGGAACAGCUAUUUAUUCUCCGCAAUAUAAAAUAUCAGAUGACGAUCUAUUAAUGUUGACCGAAGAGUUAUUCGUGAAACAAGAAAUUAACAUAUCCAAGUAUUUGACAUUACAUCUUCAGAGUAAAUCUGAAAACGUAACCGAUGCAGCUAAAGGACCAUUAAUUUACGUGCAAGAAGAAGCAUAUGAUUAUCCAACGAUCUUAGCUAUUCGAGCUCUGUACAACAAUUACGAACACAAUUCUACUGUGAAAGAAACUCGUACAGCAGAAAAGCGAAAGAGAGAGGAGUUUUUGUUAGACAUGUUUGUGAAUACGAAUGUGAUGACUAGAACUCUGCGAUGGUUAUCAGAUCGAGGUUUCAUCGAUCCCUAUGCCUUCGAGAAAGACACUUUGCGGAGUAUCUGGUUCAACACGUUUAAUGGUGCUACAUCAGGUUUUGAGCGAGUGUUCACAUCUGAAAGAUAUGGUACGGAGCUUCUUGGGGUGCAGGACUGGAUCUAUUUUAAUUAUCAAGAAUCGAAGAAUCGUAUUGAUUACAUGGGAUACGUUGAUACUAUGAAGCUUGGCGACAGAGCCUCAUUGGUGAAAUUGAACUUCCAAAUGGAUGAUAUUAUUAGACCAAAUGCAACGAUAUUCGUGGGCACGCUUCCUGAACUUGAAAUGGCUUUGUACAUGAUAUACAACAAUUUGACAAAAGUGAAACGGGCAAUAACGAAUAUGAGAAUCAAGACAUUCCUGAUCACUGUGAUUGUGAUUUUAUUUAUUUUCGCGGAUACAGAUGGUCGUAAAACCAGCGGACGGAGGAGCGGUAGUAGUGGAUGGGGCUCCUCCUCUUCUCGAAGUAACUCUCGGCGAGGAGGUACUUCUCACAGAACAACUCAACGGCCCUCACAGACAGGCUCAAAUCCGAGUAAAAUAGGAUGGAACGUACCACAGAAUGCUAACAAUAAAGCAUCCGGGAGUUCCGGGACCAACAAUGUCAAACCUCCAGUAUCUGAACAAGCUUCCAAGACUAGCGCGACGAAUGUGCAAUCAGGAUAUCCGGCUGCAAACGCACCACCAUAUACUCCAUCGGGCGGAUAUCCUCGACAGCCCGCCAGCAAUCCUUAUGGCGGCACGGGUUACAACCAGGGCUACCCGUCCUACAAUGCCAAUCCUUCGUAUCCCGGUUACGGUGGGCACUCACCGUAUGGCCAGGCUUACAAUCCGUCUAUGCACCAUAACGCGCCACCAGCCUACAGUCCAUACGGUGGGCAGUCCUACGGUGGUUUCGGUGGACAGCAAUCAUUCGGUCAACCGUCCUACGCCCAGCCAUCCUACGUUCAACCGGCUAUCGCACAAGCGCCGGCACUCACCGUCCUGCAACCAAGCCGACCUGGUAUCGGCCAGCUGGCCAAGGAAGCGCUGGUUUACUCCAGUGUGAGCGCGGGCGUGAGCGCAGCUGUGAACAGAUUGUUACCGGGUGGCAUCUAUGGCAGAAGUCCGGGAUACAGCAACAGUGACGGCGCCGGUGGUGGUAGCCGCACCGAGAUUACGUACAAUAAUUAUUAUUAUAAUCAGUCGAAUCCAACUAAUGGGGAAACACCGGUUGCAUCUGCGAAUAAUAACGGUGCUCCUGCCGCCGUCGCUGCCGCUUCCAACCCACCCAGCUCUGCAACGCCGGUUCAGCCGCCACCGGAAGCGGAUAAAAAAGCUGAAGCUAACGCACCUAGCAAUGCUAAUUCGCCCAGUCCUCAGCAAGAAAGCAGUCCCACUCAACCGAAUUACCCGAUCUCUAACGACGAAGUGAAGAAGCUGUCAGAAAGUCUUUUCGACGCGGAUAAGAACAACGCAUAUAAGUACAUCACUGUAAAUCUGCAGGGUGAGACGAAGGAAGAUAGUACCGCGGAUGACGCUCCUCUGCCCCUACUCGACGUCAAACCGGAAGCGUAUGAAAUCCCGACGAUUAAAAGCGUGCUACCGUUAUAUGAUAAUUACGCGAUAGACGUUAAAACGAAAGAGACUGUCACGCCAGACGAGCGUAAGGAGGAAACGGAGCUGCUCGACAACUUCAUGGAGACUGAUGUAUUUAAAACGGCAAUGAAAUACCUGGCCGACAAAGGAUUUAUUCCAAAUGACGAAUAUGAGUUUAAAGACACUCUGAAACGUAUUUGGUUCUCACAAUUCCAACGAGUUGAAGGAGAGCCAUCUAGUUCUGGCUUUGAGGCAGUGUUCCUCGCAGAGAAGCUCGAUUCCUACAUGAUCGGGCCACAAAAUUGGAUUUACUUUGCCAAACAGGAAACGCAGAAAAAUCUCGAUUAUCGCGGAUACAUAAAGGAUAUCAAACUAGCGGACAAGGCAGAAGCUAUCAAGAUACGUUCGGCAUUCAAUGUACCUGACACGAAACAUUCAGUUACGACUCUUCUCGUCGGUCUUUCACCCGAGUUAGAAAUGGCUCUUUAUACAAUAUGCUUCUACUUGCGUCCGAAUGACGUUUGUCCGAUAUCAUUGGGCGGAAAAGAUGUCAAUCUUGUUUCUACCAGAUUUAACUAUUUUGGCAAAGAUAUUCUCAUCGCCGGUUUUGUCGCAUGAUGAAGUCCGAAUUAAAGCUUUUUUAAGAUUUUUUAAAUAAAUUGUAUGAUUAAAAAUUUCAGUAAUACCUCUAACUUAUAUUCUAUAUCAAUAUUAAUCUUAUAUCAAAAUUAAUCUUAUGUCA